AUGGAGGACUUGCACCACGUGGGCGGCACGCCAGGCGUCCUCAAGUACAUGUUCGAGCAGGGAUUCCACCUCCACGGCGACUGCAUGACGGUCACGGGCAAGACAAUGGCCGAGAACCUCGCUGACUUGCCCGCAACGGCCUCGUCGAAGGCCAGACGGUCAUCGGGACCUUCCAGAAGCCCAUCAAGCCAACGGGCCACAUCGCUCAGCGGCAACCUCGCGCCGCCGGGAUUCGCCGUCGGGAAGAUCACGAGCAAGGAGGGUACCAUCUUCCGCGGCCCCGCGCGAUGCUUCGACCAGUGGGAGAUCCGCCGGAAGUCCUCGAGCGAGAGGUUGACGCCGCACGAGCGCGCCAUCGCGAUCAGGUGGAUCGUCGCGUUCGUCGAGCCGCCCGUCACCAUGACGAGCCGCACGGAGUUCUCCAAGGCCUUGGCGGUCAUGAUGUCGCGCGGCAUGAGCCCGCCCUCUCGCCGUUGA